UUUAGGACCCAGUGGCUGCUCCGGAGAGGCAGGCAGCGGGGCUCGGCUCUCAGACUGAAGCAGACAAAGGCAAAGCGGAGAGACGGCGUGCCGCUAUCCUGCUGCAUCGACUCGCAACACCCUCACAUCCAGCUCCCCUCCCUCUCACACACUCACACACACACACACACACCCUUCUUUCCUUCCUUCCUUCACUCCAGCUGCGACGCAGGACUGAUUCCCCUCCGCCCCCCAACAUCACAUCAUCCACGACCACCGCCGCCAUCAUGGAGCUGGACUUCGGGCAUUUUGACGAGAGAGACAAGACGUCCCGCAACCCGCGGAGUGGGAGGAUGAACGGACUGCCCAGCCCCACGCACAGCGCCCACUGCAGCUUCUACCGCACACGCACCCUGCAGGCUCUCACCAACGAGAAGAAGGCCAAGAAAGUGCGCUUCUACCGCAACGGGGACAGAUACUUCAAGGGCAUUGUGUACGCCGUGGCCAACGACCGGUUUCGCACCUUCGAUUCUCUUCUGGCCGACCUUACGCGCUCCCUCUCUGACCACAUCAAUUUGCCGCAGGGGGUUCGUUUCAUCUUCACUAUUGAUGGAUCGCGCAAGAUCGCGUCUCUGGACGAGCUGGAGGAAGGCGAAAGCUACGUUUGCGCAUCCGAGAACUUCUACAAGAAAGUCGAUUACACAAAGAACGUCAAUCCCAACUGGUCUGUGAACGUCAAGGCCUCCGCCAGCCAGAAGAACAUGCAGUCCCUGGCUGCCAAGGCCGCCGGCGAUCCCAGAGAGGGCAAAGACUUUGUCCGGCCGAAGCUGGUCACGGUGAUGCGCAGCGGCGUGAAGCCCCGCAAGGCCGUCCGCGUCCUCCUCAACAAGAAGACCGCGCACUCCUUCGAGCAGGUGCUGACCGACAUCACGGAGGCCAUCAAGCUUGAAAGCGGAGUGGUGAAGAGGAUCUACACGCUGGAUGGCAAGCAGGUUACCUGCCUUCAAGACUUCUUUGGUGAUGAUGAUGUCUUCAUUGCAUGUGGACCAGAGAAAUUUCGCUACGCACAGGACGACUUCUCGCUGGAUGAGAACGAAUGCCGGCUGAUGAAGGGGGCCAAGGCCCAGCGCGGUUCCGUAAAGAGUCCCGGUCCGAUCAAGCGCUGCAAAUCUCCUGCUGACUCCACCAAUGGGACCGGCUCCAGCAGCCAAAUCUCCACCCCGAUAUCCAAGCAUUCCCCCACCUCCACCCCCACCAGUCCGGGCCUGAACAACAAGCAGAAGGAUCUCUACCUGCCCUUAUCUCUGGAAGAUGAGGACUCUCUGGGCGAAUCGAUGUAACUUCCUUCCUGCAGCCAGCCUUCGUUUUGGCCUGAAACACAGAAGUUUUACACGUCUGCUGCUUUCCACCUUCACUCACAGUGCCACCAGUCGAAGAGAACCGCUCUUUGUCUCUUUCUCUCUCUCUCCCUCCCUCUCUCUCUCUUUUCUGGGCCUUUGACACCAUUUGCUGCUUGAGAAUAACAACCGGUUGUUGAACUCAGUCUCGUCGGUUCACUAAUGUUCAGACACGAUGACCACUUGUUUGCCGUUUUGGAUUUUCAUCAGAAUAAGUUAUUUUAGAGAUGUCCACCAGGGGUACACAUUUUUAAAUUUCCACUCAAGCAGCAAAUGGGGGAAUUUUCAGCCACACGUUGAACGACUUUUUUUUUAUCCACUUUACAUUUUUGUGACUGUCCUCCUGUCCCUCCGUCCAACUGUUGAAGGUGUGAAUGUUACUGGUUCCUUGUCUGAGGAGGAGGGUCUGUUAAUGAGGGUCUUUCUAAACCUGCUGUAAAUACUGUGUACAGCCAUCCGUCCACCAUAACCUCUCUGCUCAGUGUCUGUUGCUGUGCUUCCAUUUUGUCACUACGAUGUUCAACCUUCACUCGACAUGUAACAGGGUCACGGGGUCAAAGUAGACGAAAGAAAUCAAGUGGUGAUGGUUUGGGUUGUUGGGAUUAGAGGGAUUAUCCGUCAGAAAUGUUUUAAAGUAAAUAAAGUAUAAUUUCAGAAAGCGGUAAGCACUGAGGCUUCAUACAGUGUGCAAUAGAAAUUUAUUGGCAUGAAUUUUGCCCAGUCGGACCGAACGGGAAGAUGUAAAGGCGUCGUCUCCUACAUCUCAAAAUGUUCAUGCUUCAUCUGCUUUGACCUUUAGAUGGUAGGCUAUAAGUGGUUCGUACCCUCCGUGUUUUUCACAAGAUGCAGUGCAUGAUAUUGUAUGAAACAUUUAAGUUUAAAAAGCUGAUUUCUUUGUUUUUUUUGAAGGACCUAAUGGUACAUAAAAACAACCAAAGCAAAAUCAAGUAGGCCCAGAAUGCAGCUUUUAUAUCCUGAGCUGAUUAAUUCCCGUUUAAGCCACUUUAUCGCCUCCUUUUUGGUUUGACCGCAACUUCUGGUGAUUAUUAACAAUAAAUGGUGUCCGGUAGAAAUAUUAAAACUUAGACUUUUUCCACUUUUUGUCAUGUUGCAGCCACAAACUUGAAUAAUACGUCUUUUGGAACCAAUGACAGGUUUUCUGCCCUCCAUUAAGUCCAUCCAUCCCCACACCCUGAUGCUGCCGCUACCAUGUUUGAUGGUGGUGGUGCCUUCACAGACCGGCUGGGU